GGCACGUACAUUUUUAAGACAAUUGAAACGCAUUAGAGUCCGCUCUAUACGUGUACUUAGACAAUUAACAUUAAUUAACAUAUUUAGCUGGAGGAUUCUAUUUUCGAAAAUGUUAAAGCAUCCAACCGAGAAACGCAAAAAUACACAGCUUCCGAAACGCGCGGCUUUUGAUAAGGACAAUGUGAAUGUAACUUCGCAUAUUCCAUUGGAGUAUCGUGAUUAUGGUUUUAUGAAGACUACCAAUACGGGCACACCGUUUCCGAAGAAAUCGGAUCCUUUGAUGCCAGAAAUGCUGAUAGAUCGGCUGCAGGGUGUCGGCAGGGUUGCGAACAGUUCAAACACAACAGAUUCUCAAUUAAGUGUGGACAAAACUUCGGAUAGUUUCGACAAAAUGUCAUUCGAGAUGAAGAGAAAGCUAUUCCACGAGGGAGAGUUCACCAUUACGCGCGGCAAGAAGACCAGUGAAAUGUUUCAUCCAUGGAUUUCGACUAUUGUACCCAAGUCCAGUUUACACGACCCUCAGCAGAAUGCCUUGCUGGAAAUGGAGGACUAUUGUCGCGCUAUGAACAUCAAGAUAAUGAAGGGAAAUGAAUGACACACUAUAACAAAACAUUGCUUAACAUUUAAAAUACAUAUACAUAUUAUAAAUAUAU